ACUCACACACACACAGAGAGAGAGAGAGAGUCAGUGAUGCUGUGCGUCGUUUUCUGGAUAAAUGGUUGUAGUUGUUGCAGCGGAGCUUCACAGCAUGGCCCGGCUGCUGCUGCGGACGGAGAGCAGCAACACCAACACACUUCUUCUUCUUCCACACACUGUGACUGUGGAUGCACAACAGCAACAGGCUGCUGCUGCACACUUCACUCUUUCUAUCAGGCUGCUUCUCUGGAUCUGUUGUGUGUGGAUUUUUAAAUGUAGUCUCUCCAUUAUUCAGUUCAAGGAUAAACACAUUUGGAAACAGAAACAUAUUUUGGAUACUUUUUUUUCUACGAUGAACCAAGGACAUAAGCAGGAUCAUAUUUUGGAUACAUCGUAAAAGCUGGUGUUUUUUGUUUUUUUUCGAUGAACCAAGGACAUAAGCAGGAUCAUAUUUUUUUCGAUGAACCAAGGACAUAAGCAGCUGGCUACAAGCACAGAAUGCAAACCAUAGCAACAUGAUCCCCAUCAUGGAUGUCACAUUGGAGGGGAUUAACCCGGUGAACACCAGAGCUCUGUUGCUGGCAUGUGUGACUCUGUUGUUCUCCCUCCACCUGUGGCGCUGGCUGCGGCUCCUCCGGCAGCGGUCUCUCUCCAGUCCUCCCGGUCCUCCCGGUCCGCUCGCCUGGCCGCUCGUCGGUAACGCUCCGCAGCUUGGUAACGCGCCGCACCUCUACUUUGCGCGCAUGGCCAAGAAGUACGGCAACGUGUUCCAGAUCAAGCUGGGCUCUCGCACCGUGGUGGUGCUGAGCGGGGACUCCAUCAAAAAAGCUCUGGUCAAGCAGGGACCCGAGUUCGCCGGCAGACCUGACUUCACCUCUUUCCGGUACAUCGGCGACGGAGACAGCUUCGCGUUUGGCACCAUCACCGACCUGUGGAAGAUGCACCGCAGAGUGGCCAUGUCCACAAUCCGGAUGUUCUCCACUGGGAACCCGCACACCAAGAGGGCGUUUGAGCACCACGUGGUCUGCGAGAUCAGAGAGCUGCUGCAGCUGUUUGUGGGGAAAACCAAAGAGCAUCGGUUCUUCCAGCCUAUGGCGUACCUGGUGGUGUCCACGGCCAACAUCAUGAGCGCGGUGUGCUUUGGGAAAAGGUACUCUUAUGAAGAUGCGGAGUUUCAGCAGGUGGUUGGCAGGAAUGAGCAGUUCACCCAGACAGUGGGCGCAGGCAGCAUAGUGGACGUGAUGCCCUGGCUCCAGUACUUCCCAAACCCAAUCAAAACCAUAUUUGAGAACUUCAAGAACCUCAACCUGGAGUUCACCAAGUUCAUCAGAGAAAAAGUGAUUGAACACAGGAAAACCAUCCAGUCCAGCACCAUCAGGGACAUGACAGAUGCUUUUAUAGUGGCGAUGGACAAGCUGAGGGACAAAUCAGGCCUCUCAUCAGGGAAGGACUUUGUGACCCCCAUUAUGGGGGACAUAUUUGGAGCAAGUCAAGACACACUGUCAACUUCACUGCAGUGGAUCAUCCUCAUACUAAUCAAGUAUCCUGAGAUGCAGGUUCGUCUCCAGCAGGAGUUGGGUAAGGUGGUGGACCGCAACCGGCUGCCCUCCAUUGAGGACCAGCUGCAGCUGCCGUACAUCAUGGCCUUCAUCUACGAGGUGAUGCGCUUCACCAGCCUCAUGCCGCUCACCAUCCCUCACUGCACCACCAGGGACACCUCCAUCAUGGGCUACGCCAUACCAAAGGACACGGUGGUCUUCGUCAACCAGUGGUCCAACAACCACGACUCGACCCUGUGGUCCCACCCAGAGACCUUUGACCCCCAGCGCUUCCUGAACCAGGACGGGGUGCUGAACAAGGACCUGAUCAGCAGCGUACUCAUCUUCUCCCUGGGCAAGCGGCGGUGCAUCGGCGAGGAGCUGUCCAAGCUGUCGCUGUUCCUCUUCACGGCCCUGAUCGUCCACCAGUGCCACAUCACCGUGGACCCGGCCAGGCCGGUCAAACUGGACUCAAGCUACGGUCUGACUCUGAAACCGCAUCCCUACUCCAUAGCAGUGACUCUGCGCGGAGAUAUGACGCUGCUGGAUGCGGCUGCCAGGAAGGAGGUCGAGGGCGAGCCCUCAUCAGACUCGUAAACAAAAGAAAAUUAUCAAAAAAAGCAAAGCAAAUGAAGGCUGAAACACAAAAGACUUAUGAACUGUAGCUCCUGUUUGUGGGCUGAAAACUAUAUUUAUAAGCUGAAAUCUCAGGCUAAAUUUUUUAUCACUGAUUACUGACUCGUUUUUAAGUAUUAUAUUAACAGAUGUGUUUCACAGGAGACACGGCGUAGUGCGUACACGCCACGUCCCACACAACCAGCAGUUCACCUUUACUAUUUAACUUCUUAUUUUGAUUCACUAAGCUGGAGGACGGCAGUCAGCUGCACGUCACUGGAGAUCAGCUUCAACUAGACCUCAGUACAGGCAGCACUGUGGUUACAGGAACCUGAAUGGCUGCUGUAACACACCCUUGUGAUUCUAGUGUGAAUGCUAUUGUUACAAUAAUUGAUUGAAAAGUAGAAACCAUCAAGCAUACAUCAACAUUACAGUGCUGCAUGUCAUUUCUAUUAACAUUUUUGCUGUAAACAUAUCUCCAAAAUGUCAGCUUUUCAGGAAUCCCUUUAAUUUGGCUGCUAAUUUUAAAGUUUUUCUUCUUAAUAAGGGUUCUAAACCCUGUCAAACUUCUCAAAACAUAUAAAAAAUAUUAUAUUUGAAGGUAAACAAUACAAAACUGGAGAUGUUUAUGUGACAAAAGUAAUGUGCCACCUACAGUAAAGUCAGACUCGUGACAGUGAUUCUGCAUGAAACAGGCGAAUAAGCUCAUGGAGUGCAUCAGCCCUUUAACCUAAUGUCUACUCAAAUAAAAUGUACUUAUGUGUAAUUAUUCAUAUAUAUAUAUAUAUAUAGUGUAAAAGCUUAGUUACUCAAGAAUAAGGCCUAUGAAAUGUCAAAUAUUUUAACGAGAAGGCUUUUGAAAGUCAUCUGAUAUAUUCUGAAAUCUACUGUAGAUGCUGUUUGAACAGACAAGGUAAAGGAGCGUAAGGGUACGCCCAACAUACCUGCCUUUUCUGCUCGUGUCUGUGAACUGCUGUUCAAUGCAAGUAUGAAAAGACUAAUAUUAGAUCAGUGUUUGCAAAAGGUUUUUAAGUUUGAAUGUUGUAGAAUGCUGCUCGGUGGAUAAACCUUUAACCCCGUCAUUUAAUUUCCAUGCUCAAGAUGCCAGUAACCACAUUGUUUCUUCUUCUUGUUGUUUUUUAUUUAAAUAAAUAUUCAAACUGUAAAAAUUAAGGUUGGGACACUGGGGGUAAAUAUUGUAUUUUUCAUCUAA